AUGGUGGCACCUACAUGCUCAACAAACCAGAAUGCAAGGCAGAGUUUGAAGAUGGGAAAGCAAUUGGUGUUACAUCAGAAUGAGAAACUGCAAAAUGCAAAAAAAGUAGUAUGUGAUCCCUCAUAUUUACCCGAUAAGGUAAAAGCAGUUAGAAAAGUAGCACGUGCUAUUUGCAUCAUGAGUCACCCCAUCCCACACACUAAUGAUGCUCAUUCAACCCAAGUCAUCCUACCCCAAAAACAACUAGGCCGCAAAUCUGACAUGUAUUCAAUUUCACUACAGGAAGAUUAACAGAUAAAAUAGUUGUGGACAGCAAGGUCAAUUUAUUUUUUGUGGGGAUUCACAUGUGAGUAGGCCUUACAAACCAUCUUGGUUUCAUCUUACUUGCAAAAGUUUCUCCAAGUCAUGAGCUUCUCCCA